UGUUCGACUUGUUGGUUCUCCUUCAGUCGGGUGCAGCAGAAUUUGUAGAGGCAGACGAGACACCAUCCCCAGACUUGAACUCCUAUAUCUAUUAUGUCUUCAGAAGCUUCUAGAAGUGAAUCUAUGGAUAAAACUAAAAACAUUCUGGAGACCAACAAGUUGGAAAACUUAGCCCUAAAGAACGCCUCUCUAAAAGAGGAGAAUGCAGAACUUUGCAAGAUGAUAGCUCUAAUGGAGGGGAACCCAGACCUGCCCCUUAAUGUGAAGGACAAUGGCAGAAGAGCAAGGAGUCUCAUCCCUCCAAGAAAACCACGAAAAGCUUCGAAGGACCCCCAAAAAAUUCAACAGUGUCACAAAAUCGUUGGUGAGAUCGCCUUCCAACUGGAUCGUAGGAUUCUCUGUGCUGUGUUCUCAGGAGAACGACGACUAUAUGGGUACCGAGUGGCUGGAAUAGAUGAGAAGAUUAAACUGGUCACCACGUGUCCACUAACAGGCAAAGUGGAUGAUGAGCGUAGAUCCAGACUGAACCUGCGCUACCAUCAAACUAUAGAUCAGCUGAAGGAGCUCGGCUACGACCCUUCACUGCAUCCCAAAUUUACGGAGCAGCUGGUAAACACCUAUGGAGUCAUGAACGAGCAAACAAGUGAGACUGGAAAGCGUUACACGGCGACAGAUGUACAAAUCAUGAGCAAGUUGGUAUCUGAGUGUAUGCCUGAUGAUGAAGUGAAGGACAUUCUGGUCAUCUUGUCCUGCCUGGCGCACCUUGUGGAGCAGGAUGGAGGACACAUGUUUCUCUGGUAACUAUUUCCUCAGAUACCAUCGCUGGCAGAUAUUUCCAUCCAAUGUGCCGUUUCCAUUAAAGGUACGAACUAAAGGCUUUCUGCUCGUCUUUUUUU